UCUAGUAAACAUUUCAGUCUUGAUACAUAUUCAGAAACAAAUAGAUAGAAAUAAUUGUUGAAUUUCAGCCAUGUAUUUUGGUUUUAGCCUCGCUUUAAUAAUAGCAGCCUUAUUCCCCGCCUUAUCAAUCUCAUUACGGGACGAUUUAACAUUAACGCGGACAGAAUUGGAAAUAUUAAUCAAGUUUAGGGAAUUGGUAAAACCACGACUUCCACAUGACUAUAUGAGCCAAGAUAUUUACUUGCUUACAUGGUUGAGAGCAAAAGGGUUUAAUAUUCCUGCCGCAGAAAACAUGUUAAUGGAGAAUUUGAAAUGGCGAAGAGCAAAUAAUAUGGACAAUAUUCUGAAGGAAAACUGGUCAGACUUUGACCAAGAUUUUCGUUCCGAAUUUCUUGGUUGCGAUAAGGAAGGAAGCCCUGUGAUAUCAAUUCCAAUUAGAGAUUGGAACGUGAGACGUGCCGUAAUGGCCGGCCAGAGCAGAAAAUUAAUGCGAUAUUUGGACAAACAGCUCGAGGAAGUAGCAACUUUAAUGCGAGAAGCUCGACAAAAUGGGCAAAACAUGACGCAAUUUAAACGGAUCAUGGACAUGACAAAUUUUGACUUCCGGAUACAAGCUUGUCCAUUAUGCAUACCGGUCUUCAUUAGUCAUUUCUUGUCGUAUGAAAAUCAUUUUCCUGGAAGUAUCAAGUCGGUUAAAAUUGUAAAUUGCCCACCCAUAUUUGUAUCUUUAUGGAAAAUCGUACGAGAUUUUCUCCCUCCGGGAAUGAAGGAUAUCCUAAUGCUGUACGGAAAAGACAAAACUGAGUGGAAAACUGCACUCUUAAAAGAAAUCGAUGCUUCUCAGCUCACUAAAGAAUUCGGUGGCCAGAACGACGAAGGCUUUUCGAUGGGAGACGUUAUAAAGUGUUCCAGUUUAUCAAUUACUCAAGCUAAACGAAAUUUAAAUUGAGAUGAAAACAGUUUUAGAAUUUCGAAUACUAUAUAUCAAUAAUUAUAAACAAAUUGUUUGUUAUCCACGAAAUUUUAGUGUUACUAUGAUAAGUCUAGAGAAAUACAUAACCGAUGUGUGAUGCUUUUAACGUA